ACCACGCACUGCAGACAAACACCCUAAUUCCCAUCCCUCUUGCGGCGUGCUCCUCGGGGUGUUUUUGCCUCGCCGUCGGUCUCUCGGCGGCGUUGUUGCUGCCGCUUGUGAUUCAGAUCUGCGAUCUGAACUCCUCUAGAUUGGUCAACUAUACUUUGAUUUCGAGAUACAAUGUCAACUGUUACAUGCCCAUCCAACUCCGUAUUCAAAUGCAGCAUCAAGAACCUGCCCUCCUCUUCCUGAUAAAGAAUCCUCUGUUACUUGGCUCCUUUGAGAGUAUCUCAAAAGCAUCCAGCCUUAAGAUAUCCAACUGCUUCAGGGCAUCUGCCAUGGCUGUCUACAAGGUCAAGCUCAUUGGGCCACAGGGAGAGGAGCAUGAAUUUGAUGCUCCAGAAGAUACCUACAUUCUGGACACAGCUGAGAGUGCUGGCAUUGACCUGCCUUACUCUUGCAGAGCUGGGGCAUGUUCUACAUGCGCUGGCCAGAUUGUGUCGGGUGCUGUUGAUCAGUCUGAUGGAUCCUUGAUGAAUCACAGGUGGAGAAAGGUUACCCGCUGGACAUGCAUCUCGUAUCCAAGGGAUUUCUCAUGCUUAUAGGUUUCGGUUGUCGCCGAGAGAAUUCUUUUGGAUGUCCUUUAAAAAUCUCAGUACCAAUGCUGAUACUGUAAAGUAUUGCCCUCUGAACUAUUUGGUUCUGAUUUGAUUCAAUUUUUGAUCCUGCUUAAUUUCUCUCUUA